AGGUUGCAGUUUCAGUUUGUUUUAUUCACCAUUUUGAGUAGCAGAAGGUAAAAAUUAAACAAAUUUCUCCUCUAGGAUAUAGUUGCAUUUUAACAUUUCUCUAGGAAGAACGUAUUCCAGCAAAAUGUCAAGACCAGUGAGGAACCGGAAGGUGGUGAAUUACUCACAGUUCAAUGAAUCCGAUGAUGCAGAUGAGGAGUAUGGCAGAGGUGCCGAAAAGCCCAGAAAGAUUCGGGAGGUGAAACACAAGGCAUCUAAGAACUCUAAGGAGGAGAGUGAGGACUCCGAUGAUAAACACUCCAAAUCCAAAGGUGACUCACCAGAUGACUUUGGCAGUGAUGAAGAUAACGACUUUGGAGAAGAGAAGGAAGAAGAUGGAGGUAGCGAUUAUGAGGCCAAACGAGGCAAAAAAGGAGUGAAGAGGGGGAAGGUGGAGAAGCCCAGCAAGCGGGCAGUGAAGAGGAAACGAGGUGCAGAUGACAGUGAUGAUGACCGGGAGGUCAAUCGUAAGGUACGUCAGGUGCGGCAGGCGGCGUCCAAAGCCGUGUCGAAACAGAGAGAGAUGAUCCUGGGAGGUGGCGGGAGUGAGGAUGAGGAGCGUGAUGAAGAAGAACCGACCUAUGUGGACAAAGAGUCAGCCAGCGAUGAGGACUUCAUGGUGGAUGAUGACGAUGACAGCGACUAUGGACGCUCAAAGAAGAAAGGAAAGAAGGUGAUAAGCAGGAGAGGCAGGCCUGAGAGGAAGGAGAAGAAAUCCCCCAAACCCAGGCUAAAGGCCACAGUAACCCCAAGCCCCAUGAAGGCCAAAGGUAAAGGCCGACCCAGUGCAACCAAGGCCGCGGAGAAGUCGUCUCCCAAGGACGAGGACGAAGACGACGCCGACAGUCCACAGGAGGACGACGAGCAGGAGGAGAGGAAGGAGACCCCUCCCCCAUCCAAGAAGAAGCAAGACGCCCCCGCUGACGAUGACGAUGAUGAAGAGGAGGAGAAUGGGUCGGAUGAAGACGGCGCAUCUGGGGAUGACUAGGCAGGCAGCCACUCUCCAGCCCCCUUCACCUUUUUCAUUUUCUCCAUCUUGCUUUUCAUUCUUUCACUCUUUUUCUUUCUCUUUUUUUUCCCUGAGGGUUUGUGUGGUUGCCUGGCUCAGUGGGUUCAACACAGCUUUGGUCCUGAUAUGUUUUAAUCUUCAGGUUUUUUUUCCUAAGGCUUUUUCAAUGUUUGCUAAGGAUAGUAUGUGUGUAUGUGACGGUGCAUGAAAGAUGAUCUUUUACUGUUUUAUUUAUCAACCGAAAUGCAUGGGGCCGACCCAUGUGGCUGAAGCUUAUUUGGUUUUCUCUUGCACAACAGUAUUUUGGCUUUUUUUUUGUUUGUUUGUUUUGUUUUUCUUUGUUUUGUCUGCUUUUGUCUGUAUGUUCGAAAAACCGAAAGCUGUAAGAUUUCUCUGAAGCUCGGCUUCCUAGUCUAUCUCCGUCCUCUCUGUCAUCUCCACGUAACCGUAGCUGGGUUUUAUGGAGGGGAAACGUUUUGCUGCUCUGCUGGCCACAGUGGAUUUUAUUCUCUUAGUAUUAUAGUUGGUUCUCAGCUCAGAUGUCAUAUAUCAUAGACACAGUUCAAUUUCCUCACCCUCCCACCUGUAUGUGUAGCUGCCUACAAGGCAUAGGAUCAUUGGAAACGGUCGGUGAGUGGGUUAUUUUAGGAGGGGUUGAGUUGACGUAGUCCCCGCUGGAGAUUUUGCCAUGAAUCUGUAUGUCUGUGAAACCAUGCAUGACUUUCACACACACACGCACACACAAACGCGCAUGCAUGCACACUCACACACACACACACACACACACAGGAACAGGCAUCCAAGCAUGCAUACACUUUCCCCUCUCCCUGAACUAACAGUUCUUAUUAUAAGCUCCCAGUUAACGAGAUUCCCGACACAGUCUCUCUCCAAAGAAACGUUGAGGUGGAAGUGUGUGUAUGUUUUUCCAGAACUGCAGAUUCUGUUCAUCAAUCUCAUAACUUCAGUGGAUUUCACCUUUUUUAAAUGCUACUUGUGUCACAAUUUUAAAGACUGUCCAAAUGAAAGCUCUGAAUUUAGGCUCAUGUUCUGACCUGAAGCCUUUUGGUCCUGCCCUGUGAUCCAUGCUGUGGCCAGAGACCUCCGGAGGAACAUGGCAUGGGUUAAGAGGGUAGGUGUAGUGAGUCUGAGUAUGGUAUGACUAGUGGAUGAGACCUUUCCCUCAAGAUGAGAUGUGAGAUUAGAUGUUAGAAUAGCAUGAAAAUACCUAAUAGCUGUAACCCUGGUAGUGGGAUUGGUUAGUCCUCUACCCUUUGUAACGGUCAUUAAGUGUUUGUGGUUGUGAGAUUGCAAUCUCAAUCGCCUGCCUUGCUUAGAGUCUUGACCUCGGGACAUCCCUGGUCGAUAUCCUCAAAAGGUUCACACUCUGUUGUGCUGGAAAGAGUUCUCUCUGUUGUAAUGGUUUCUGGUUAUGCAUGAAUUCCAUUUUUAGCAAACAAACCUUCUCUCCUGUGGUUCAACUCACUGGGCCAGGCACGUCCUCAGCAUUUUAGUACCUACAUUUUACUUUUGUUGGUUUGGGAAAAUACGAAAAGUAAAAAAAAAAAAUUGCUUUGUUUGGAAUUUGUUUGUUUCUUUUUAUAAUUCCUCUUCAGAAUUUUUGUAAUGUUUGUUUUUUAUGAAAAGAAAUAAAAAAUGUAUCAUGAUUUUAAAGAGAAAGCAUACCCUAUCUAUCUCUUUUACCGAAGCCUUUUGGAAAAGACUGGAUGGCUAUCUUGGACAACUUUUCUGUCAAUACGCUCUUGCUCUACUUCGUUUGACCUCUUCUCGCUCUGUCCAAUUUUUGUCUUUUUGUACUUUUGCUGUAUGUACAAGCAUAACUUCAGCAACCAUCUCCUUGGCUUAAAACACUCACUCAGACAUUCCAUGCCCUUCUUUCCUAUACUGGUUUGCGAGGUGUUUCUUUGCCCAGCAUUUCUUUAAAAAAAUAAUAAGAUGGGUAACUUUCAAAUAUUGAUUUAGUUGUACUGUGAUAAUGUCAUUGAGAAAGAAGGGUAAAUGAAAUCAAAAAUUAAUUACUUAAGUACAAGGCAGUAUCUGUCCCUCACCUGUUGUGUGACUUGCAUCAGACCAGCAGCUCAGCGCUAGGGCUGUCCUCGAGGACAACUGUGAAUGCUGGUGUUGUUGAACCAUGAAUGUAGAUAUUUAAAUUAUAUUUUCUCGCCAUCUCAUCUGAAAGCCUCACGUGUGGUUGGCAUCUAAACAUUUUCACCCAGUUCAGAGAAACAACACUGUGGCUUGGGUCCAGAACAGGGCUUUUCUUGCUAAUGUGAAAUGCUGGCAUGCUUUACUUUAAGAAUACCUAAGAUGUUUGACGCUAUUAUCUUUUGUCCGGUGUUCAUUCAUGCAAAUGACCAACUGACCAACAGGAUUAGAUCCAUCUGAUGGUGUUUGCACUAGAGCCUGCAAACGAGCAAAAGUAAAUGGUCAUAUUUAGAUGUUAUGUUUUGUUACUAUCAGUAUUUCUUAGGACUGGCAACAGUCCAUGUUCCAAGGUAACAUUCCCAGCCUGUUAAUUAGGCCACGGCUUUGUGUGAAGCGAAAUGAAAAACUGAAACAAUCAGCUUGCGUUCUGCUGUGUGUGGUCUGAGUUGGAAUAUGGUGGGAUUUGAGAAAGUGAAGACAGGAGUAUUUCUCUUACCCUCUUUCUGUGAAUGUGUAAUUUCAGAUGUUUCUAUUAAAGUCAUCUGACAAAUUGUACUACUCAUUCUUUUCAGAGUGUGCUGGCUGGUCUCAUUGACCAGACGUAAAGCUGGUAUGUCAUAACUAAAGUACAAAUCUGG